AUGCAGCUGCCCAUGAUGGGAGGCGCCUUCAUGGACUCGCCCAAUGAGGACUUCAGCACAGAGUACUCCCUCUUUAACUCCUCCACCAACGUCCAUGCGGCCUCCAACGGCCAGGGCCAGCCGGAGGAGCCUCCACGGUCCUCCAACGACGCGGUCUUGCUCUGGAUUGCCAUCAUAGCAACACUGGGGAACAUUGUGGUGGUUGGGGUGGUGUACGCCUUCACCUUCUGAGGUUCGGGGCGCCCGCGAGCUCCAGGCCGGCUCACCCUGUGCUGGGCUCACAGCAGGGCGAGGCUUUGUUUGGGGCAUCGGCGCUGUUGGCCUUUGGCUGUGCCCACCUUCUGGAACCAGAAGUUCUGACCACGUGCACGUCCUCUCCAGGGGCAGCGACCGUGCAUCAGGAAUUCCCCCAAGCAGCCCUGAUUUCCAACGUUCUGUGCUG